AUGGCAGACAUUCUUGCUAUUCCUGUGCCGAAGCCAUGUAUUGGCUAUUCGAAGAAGUACACCCAUGAGCCGGGAGAGCUUAUAUCUGCCUACUCGUCGGACUUCCUUCGGAGUUCAGAUGAUUUUGAUAAACAACUUCUUUCUUCCCCUACCGAUUGGUACUCAGUCUUCUACCCCUCCGCAUCAAAUUCCCCUCUAGACCUUCAUUUGCUGCACCACCCUUCCCCAGCACUUCAAACACAACAACGUCCCCGAAAUCCUUCUAAAGACAUGCUGAACCAGCAUCGUUUGACGGGAUAUCCCAUGCCACUUAUGGAGAAUAGACGCUACACGCCGCUUCAAGUGGAAGGCCCUCGCACUGCGGCGUAUUCGCAGAGCGUGUCUCCAUUCACGACGCAGGUGGACCUCAGCAGCGCGCUUUCAAGCAAUGGAAGCACUUAUUGUGAAUCUGAUCUUGACUCACUUGACCAUUUUGAUGAGCCUUUCACCACACGCACCAUGGAAACACACGCUGGGCUAGUUCAACCAGCACCACGGAGCAACAUGUUUCCAGUAGCCGGCAAUCCCUUCCGCUUGGCAACUGAGGAAAUGCCUUUUUCAUCCUUUGGUGUCUCGGAUACCUCACGAGAUGGGCAGGCCUUUUCUAACUCUCAAUUCAAUGUUCCAAACCCAAACAUCGUCAAUUCUUUCAUGACCUCACCCCUCAAUAAUUACCCACACAACCCACAUCUCGUGCCUUCCUCUAUCACGCAUCCAAGUUCAAGGCCGGGAAAUUGGGAUGGAUAUCUCACAUGGUCUGUCUCUCCUCCGUCUAACGACGAUGAUAUCUGGUAUCCUGCUCGUAACCCUAGCGGCUCAUCAGAGGAUGGCGGCUGGCAAACCCACCACGGAUACAGUGCACCUUGGCCCGUCUCCAAUGCAUACACCAGCCCAAAUGAAUGUAAUCAACCUGCACCCCACAUCUAUGGACCGAGUCAUGGACUCCCCAUGUCUUCAUUUGGACCUACUCCUAUGACUUUGGCCCCAUCUGUGCCCACCGGGCCCAUGAGCCACAUCUCCCAUUUUCCAGUUUGUGGACCUUACGCACCCUCCAUUGAGGCACCUCAGUAUCAACCCGAACCACACCCAAUGUAUAUCGCAAGGCCGCAGGCAAUUUCUUCUGACGCAGAAUUCGGAUCCCCCAACCAGAAAUCAGCAAAAAGCCUCAGUCCAUCCUUCUCCACCUCCGCCAACGAAGAACAACGAUCCCCACAGCAGAGCGGAAAAGAUCAAGGCAAUAUCGAAGCUCGCUUGCACUACACGGACGAGCGAAACACAUUCCUCAUUGACUCUAAGCGCCGUGGGCUAUCAUACAAGGAGAUCAAGCGAGUUGGUGGAUUCAAGGAGGCGGAGUCUACAUUGCGAGGCCGAUACCGCACCCUCACCAAGUCUAAAGACCAGCGCGUGCGAAAGCCUAAAUGGCAGAAUAAGGAUAUCCGGCUCCUUUGCCAAGCCGUCACCAUUCACUCCGAAACACACGACGCUUAUAGUUCUCUAAGCAAUGUCAGCAUGAACAUGAAUGAACCACCGAAGGUAUCUUGGAAGAAGGUUGCCGAGCACAUUUGGGCGAAUGGGGGGUCUUAUCAUUUUGGCAAUGCUACUUGCAAGAAGAAGUGGUGUGAGAUUCACAACAUCACGCUUUGA